UGGCCUUUUCUCAUUCGUCCGAGUAAAUCCGGAAACCCUUUUACGUUCUAUUGGGCCAAUAACAAAUCGACACGAAAACUAUUUUCGUAACGAUGAAUUCGAAAAAGAAAGAAAGAAACUCAUAAUCCGGAAUUCAGAAACCUUCCAAUCCUAGUUCAGCUCCCUCCCACGUCAUCGAUCCUCGUAUCCCAUAUGAAAUAAACUACAUCCGUUCGAUAUAAACCGAAGUUAGGUAUCCAGCCGUUGGAUCAUAGCUCCAACCCGUCUUCUUCAUCUCCUCCUCCUUUCAUCCGAUCGCAAAGCCUCUCCCUUUUAAAUCCAACCCUUCUCCUCUCCCUCUUUCUUCACAACAACAACAGUUUCCUCUCUCUCCCUUUCCUUUCUCUCAGCAAAACCAAAAGGAAAAUAAAGAGCAAAAAAGGAAGAAGAAAGCUUUUUUUGUUUUAAUUUUUCAAUGGCGACUGAAGAAACUAAUAACACUCAAGGCCCUCCUCCCCCUUCUCAACAAUCUUCUCUUCCAGACUAUCCUCAGAUGAUUUUGGAAGCGAUAGAGGCAUUGAACGAGACAGGGUCGAAUAAGUCGGCAAUCUCGAAGCACAUCGAGUCGACUCACCCAGAUCUCCCAGCGGCUCACUCGACCCUCCUUUCCCACCACCUCAACAAGAUGAAGCAAAGCGGCCAAAUUGUUAUGACGAAGAACAAUUACUUGAAACGACCCAAUGCUCCACCCAAGCGUGGACGAGGGCGUCCGCCUAAGCCCAAGGUUCCUCUUCCACCUGGCACCGUCGUCUCCCCACCGAGGCCUCGUGGUCGUCCGCCAAAGCCCAAAGAUCCAUUUGCUCCCCCUAAGCCCAAAACCUCCCGCGGUACUGGAAGGCCUCGUGGACGCCCACCUAAAAAGGCUAAGACUGGAGUCUCCGCUGCUCCUCCACCUUCCGGUGUUAAGCGAGGUCGCGGUCGGCCGCCGAAGGUGUAAUUGCCGGUGGCUUCUGAAGUAAAAGUAGUGAAAGCUUAAAGAAAGAGAGAGAGAUAGAGAGAGAAAAAGAGGGAGUUAGCUAGGUUUUUUUUUUUUCCUUUUCCUUUUUUUAACUUUAAUUUUUUAGGUGUUGUUUAGUUCUCUACUAAUUGAUGUUUUAGCUUUUUCUUUCUUUCCUCCUUUUUUUCUUGUAAUUUGAAUUUUUUAUUUCCGGGGUUUGGAAUUGAUGUGGGGAAUGUGUUGUAAUGCCUUUAGGGAAGGGGUAGAUUUUAGUGACUCUUUGUAAUUUGCAUGUAAAUUUGUUGAACCGGCUUUGUAGGCUUUUGGGCCUCUUUAUUA